GGCAAGAUGAACCGAAUCUCGCGCUGUGAUUGGCUACCCGAGCGGGCAAGAUGGAGCUAUCUUGCCCGCUCGGGAUAAGGGCUUUGUCCCGCAAGGAAAAUUCAUCCGAGGCGAAAGCCGGUUUACCAAAAUUUUCUUUCUUAGUUUUUCCCUGAAAAAUCUUUUCCGUGACAGUUAAAGAUUUCCUGUGGUUUGUGUAUCGAUGGAGCUGGAAAACGAGAAAACUGAAUGCGUCAACGAGAAAGAAAACAAAGAAAACAAAAAUGUUGACGAGUUUCAUGAAUUUAUUUUGCAACAAAAACCGGCAAACACAAAACUAAAAACACAAAGUGACAUGAAGGUAUGGAAGCGGUUUUGUUUACAAGAAAACGAGAAUAGGGAACUGUGUGACAUACCUCAGGAAGAACUGAAUUUGCUGUUGUGCAAAUUUUUCAAAACCGCAAAGAAAUUGGACGGCACAGAGUACGAGCCUGUCAGUUUGACGUCCUUUCAACGUAGUCUCCAACGCGCCUUGAACGAAAGAGGUUCAAAUGUAAAUAUUAUUGACGGAGACAACUUCAAACUCUCCAGAGAAGUGUUAAGUGCCAAGCGCCGUCAGCUUGUUGUGGAACAUGGCAAGGGGAACAGACCACAAGCUGCCCGUGAGCUGACCGAGGCCGAGGAAGACAAGCUUUUCGAGUGUGGUGAAUUUGGGACCUCCAAUCCGACAGCCUUGCAGCGUACCUUGUGGUGGAUAAUUGCCCUUCACUUUGGGUUCAGAGCUCGAGACGAAAGCCGCCGAUUAAAGUGGGGAGACGUCACUUUGGAGAAAGACCCAGAAACGGAGAAUGAGAUUCUUGUGUGGAGAUAUGAGCGAGGGUCCAAAACACGUCAAGGCCAAGACAAGCCAUACAGUGUUCGUGCUUUCCACCCUACUGCGCAAGCAACCGGCAACGAGCGUUGCCCGGUUAAAUUCUUCAAAGAAUUUGCUCGCCGUCGUCCUUUGGAGAUGAACAAGCCAGAUUCCCCCUUUUACCUCGCAGUCAAACAUCAGCGAAAACCAGAUGACGACGUGUGGUAUAUGCGAAGUCCGCUUGGUAAAAACGAAAUCGGCAAAUUUCUCCCCACCGCUGCGAAAAAUGCUGGUUUACAGGGCAGAGUAACCAACCACUCGGUGAGAAAGACCUGCAUUUCACGUCUCCUCGAUGCAGACGUCCCAGAUAAUUUUGUGGCACAGUUAAGUGGCCAUCGCAGUCUGAAAAGUCUCGACGCUUACAAAUCGGCCUCGCAUGAACAUCAACGGCGAAUGUCCCUUGCGCUGAGCCGCUCCAGCAGCAACCAGCUUUCUAGCAUCUCCACUCGCACAGAAACCACAACUCGUCCCACCACUUCUGUUACCAGUGUUGAGUCUGCCACCUUUAAUCCAGUCCAGAUGGGAUCGGGUGUUUUCUCAGGAGCAACGAUUGGAAGCUUUAACAACUGUACUUUCAACAUCCAGCUUACGUCGGGAGAACGCUUGCGUUCCAUGCAUUUGCCCAGUGGUUGUUUUGAUGACAUUCAGGCCACACCUCAUAAACUUCGGGAUCCGUCGUGGACCCCAGGUCAAUGGUCAGCGGAGAGGGUUUGCUCCGAAUCUCAGCACGAAAACUUCAAAAUGUUCAACGAAACCAUGGAGAGAAUAUCCCAAGGAAAAUUCCAGCCAUUAAAGGCCCCGUUAACGAAACGUUGGGAAGUUGCAACCUCUGUUGAGAAAACAAAUUGUCUCAAAACAGCCGAGAUGUCUUGUCGGUUGGUAUGCGGUGUAAUCGCUCCAAAUGAUCCGGACAAGCUCUACGAAGGCUUGGUAACGGCAACAGAGAAAGAGAGUUCACACGACAUACUUACAUUAACAACAGCAUACAAGAAUGCACCGACAAAGAAUCUAAAAAUUCAAAUUCUCAGCCUGUAUGUUCUGAAUUACUCGACUGAAGAGCUAAAGAAACUUCACGGACCUUUCGAGAAGCUAAGUGAUCGGCAGAUAAAGAAAGCGAGACAUCAAGCGAAGAUAAAUGGUCCAGGAGUGCCAUUAAAGAAAGCGAUUAGUCAUCGUGUGCGCAUAGACAUGAUGAAACUUGAUCACUUUCUUACCUUCGUUGACUGA